AUGAAAUUUACUUUACCAUUAUUAGCUCUUUCAAGUCUUUUGAUGAAAGCUCAAGCACAAGCACCAUCAGCUUCUUACUCAGUUUCAUGUCCAUCAAUUACACCAUCAACAGAAUCUAAAGGUGUCACAACUACAACAUUCGGUGAUACAGUUUUGAUCUACACAGAAUAUCAUGUCACAUCAUAUUUUGAUACCUGUAAUGGUAACUCUUGGACCCCAACCUCUAUCAGAACUGAAACCACCACCAUUGAUUAG